AUGUCUGAUGAAAGCAACAAUCACUCGUCAUUCGAUUUACUAAUUCGGGCAUUCUAUCAAGAUGAUCGAACACAAUUCGAUAUUGAACUCAAUCAUCUAUUAGAUUUAUCUCGUACGCAAGACAUGCGUCUAUGUACACAAAUCAUUCUUCAAGCGUAUAAACAAAAGGAAUACGCUUUUCUCGAAGAAUUGCUCGACAGAGAAGUUGUCUACAGUGGUAUACCCAAUCUAACGUCAUUGCAUGCUGCAUCAGGUUAUGCACUCUCACGUCUAGUUAAAUAUCUCCUUGACGAACGAAAAGCAGAUCCAAAUCAAACAUGUACAUUUGUUAAAAAUGAUCAACUAUCGGGUAUAAUUAUAUCCCUGAAAGAACCAAAUCGAACACAAGUCAUCUCGAAUUUCUCUUUAGGUAUUACUCCGUUACAUUUCGCUUGUGGAAUCGGACCAGAACAUCUCGUCGAUGAAACAACUGAUACAGUCAAAUAUUUAUUAGCAUCCGGUGCGAAUGUUAAUUUAGUCACAUCACGUCAAGAUACAGCUUUACAUUGGGCAUCGAAAUUUUCGAACGAACAGAUCGUUCAAUUACUACUUAAAUGUCAAGCAAAUGUUAAUGCAGUCAAUAGUCUUCAAUAUACACCUCUAUGCGAAGCGUGUUUCUAUGGGAACCUUGAAAUUGUGAAAAUUCUUGUCGAAUAUGGAUCUAAUGUAAAUGGGAAUCAAAAUAACGAACGGUCUCCAGUUCAUCUUGUCUGUCGGGGUUUACUAAGUGAACAUGAUGCACGUCGUACGAGUCCAAUGAAUGAGAUAAUUGUCAAAAAACUCGAAGAGCGUCUUGAAAUUGUCAAAUAUUUGUAUUCACACGGUGCAGCCAUCGACACAUUUGAUCGUGAUGGUCUCACGCCGUUCAUGUACGCAUGCUCAAGUGGAAAUUAUCCAUUGGCUAAAUACUUACUUGAUGAACAACAAAGUAAAGAUGAUGCAUCAACAUCGAGAAUAAUUAAUGAGCGAUCAAACACAGGUGAAUCAUGUCUAAUGUACGCUGUUGAGUCAGGUAACUUAGAUAUCGUUACACUCUUAUGUAAUCAUGGAGCUAAACUUGAUGAUCAAAAAAAUCCAUCUUAUGUAACUGCUGCUGCAUUCUAUGGACAUAAAGAUAUACUUAAAAAACUAAUUGAACUCGGACUUGAUAUCAAUGAGUUCGAUCAAAACGAUGAAGGCGUCAUAUUCAAUCCAAUCUAUGCUUGUUGCCAUUGUGGAUCAGUAGAAUGUCUACAAUUAUUACUUGAGGCGAACGCAAGAAUUGAUUGGAAAACAAGUCAAGGAACGAAUCCACUGCACGCUGCCUGCUAUUCCGAUAAAAGUUCCGUGCAACUCGUUGAACUUCUCUGUCAAUAUGGACAGUUCGAUUUGAAUGAAAGUACGAAUUCGGGUGAAACACCUCUACUAAUGGCUAUUGAACAGAAUGAUUACGAUCUAGUUGAUUAUUUAUUACGACAAGGUGCUUUUCCUGAUCGAUGUAAUCACGACGAAUGCUAUCCUAUUCAUCUCGUUUGUUUCAAUGGACAAGCCAAUAUCCUCUACCUUCUACUAGCAUUCAAUGCGAUUAUUGAACAGUCAAACGAAAACUAUCCACAUCCAUUAGUGAUCACAACUUAUAAACGUGAUCUAGUUUGCUCGAAGUUACUCAUCGAAUCGCCGAAAUGUUCCGAUCAAGUCGUUCGGGAGGUCUUAAUCGAAUCGAUAGAAAAUGGUUUCGACGAAUUAAUCGGUGAAAUUAUCCAUAUUCGACCGCAUCUUAUUCCAGACGAUCUCAAAGAGAAAAUGACCGAUACACUUCUAGCGCUCGAACAGCUCAAUAUCGAUUCAUCUGCUUAA